AUCAAUUCAUCAUGCACAGCUAACGCAUCCGGUAUAUGCGGUUCUGGGGCUAGAAAAGAGCAAAAACGGGAGGAAGGGUUAGCGUCAAUACAAGCAGAAGUAGAAGCAAAAUUUUGUUCCCCAUUUAUUCACAGAAUCUAAAGACUCCUUUGCUCUCUGUAUUUAUUUUCACUGGAGAGGUAAUCGGAGUAAGAAGGUUCUCGAUGGGGGAGGAGAAGAGGCACCAGAUGAUGCAGAAUCUGUUCGGCGAUCAGUCGGAAGAUGAAGAAGAAGAGAUAGAUUCUGAACAUGAAUCUAAUCCCCAACCUAAUUACGCCUCUGAUGAAGCUGAAGGAGGGCUGAGGAAUGAGGGCGAAGGUGAAGAUGAAGUAGAAGGGAAUGAGGAGGCAGAAGUGGUGAGUGAUGUUGAAAUGCGUGAGGUAGAUCCUGAUCCGCGAGAAAGUGAGGGUGAAAGAGAAGCAAGUUCUGAAGAAAUAGAUAUUGGUGAUGAGAGGGAAGUGAGUGAAGCAAAGGAUGUAGAUGUCGAUAGUGAUGAGAAGGAAGAGUAUAGUCAUAGAGUGGCCACAGGUCGGAAGCGUGAUAUAAUUGAAAGUGGGUCAGAGAGAUCUGAAGAACAUCAAUAUGACAAUCACGAGGAUGAAGAAGUUGAUCAGGCCAGAAGCCCAAGUAAAUCACCUGAUAUGGAGAAGGAUGACCAGCAUCACAUUUCACAUUCAGCUGCUGAGAUUCGCGAUGUGUUUGGUGCCUCUGAUGAUGAAGAAGAACCAGUAUAUGCAACUAGAAAUGAGAUUGAGCAACAUUUACCUAGAUCUCCAAUGGAAGAGGAAGGGAGAUAUGAAAGGAAUUUAAGACCAGAGGAUAUGCUGGUUGAUGAAGAUGCUCGAUAUGAAUCAGAAGAGGAGAACAUUGAGGUUAAAGCUAAAGAGAAGCCAGUUGGUCCCCCGUUAGAGCUAGAGAUUCCCUUUCAGCAUCCUCCAGCCGAUCCAACUAGGAUGCAUAUGAUCAAGAUUUCUAAUAUUAUGGGCAUUGAUCCAAAUCAAUUCGAUCCUAAGACAUAUGUUGAAGACAAAACAUUUGUUACAGAUGAAUCUGGAGAAAACAAACGUAUACGUUUGGAAAACAAUAUAGUGCGAUGGAGGCCUGUUAGAAAUCCUGAUGGCAGUAAAUCUGUCGAAAGUAAUGCACGCUUUGUGAGAUGGUCUGAUGGCAGUUUACAGUUACUAAUUGGGAAUGAAGUUCUUAAUAUAUCUGUGCGAGAGGAUCGACAUGAUCAGACACAUCUUUUUCUUAGACAUAACAAGUCACUUCUUCAAUCUCAAGGAAGAAUUUUAAGGAAGAUGAAGUUUAUGCCAUCAUCUUUGUCAUCAAAUUCUCAUAAGCGGUUGACUGCUCUUGUUGACUCAAGUUACAGAAAGGUUUAUAAAGUUAAGAACUGUGUCACCGACAUCGAUCCUGAAAGAGAAAAAGAGGAGAAAGAAAGGGCUGAGAGUCAAACGAUAAGAGCAAAUGUACUUCUAAAUCGGAAGAGAGAAAAGGUUAACCGAAAGUAUACACAAACUGUAGAGCGGAGGCGUCAGCUUUCGCCUGGGUUUCUGGAGGGUGCUCUUGAUGAGGAUGAUGAACCAGAUUAUUAUGACCACCGCCGUUCUCGUCGUCGCUUUGAGGAAGACCUGGAAGUUGAAGCUCGGGCAGAGAGACGAAUUAUGAAUGCUAAGAAGGGAAACAAGGAUAUUCUUCGCAAGCCUUCCUUGCCUUCUGCUAAAUCAUCAAAACGCCCUGUGAAUUUCUCUGACAGUGAGAGAGAGGAGUCUGAGUAUGAAAGUGAUGGGGAGGAAGAUGAGAGGUCUCCACCUAGGAAACGGGUUGAAGAGCCAGAGCAGGAAUAUGAAGAAGAGGAAGAAGAACGUGAAGCAGAAGCAGAAGCUGAUGGAGCCUCAGAGGAGGAAGAGGAGGCUGAGGAGCCAAAGCAAAGGAGCAAGGAUUUUGGAGGCAUUCGCAAAAGGAUGGGGAUUGAAUCAGAUGAGGAAUCCCCUCCAAGAAAGAUGCCAACCCAUCGACGAAUGGCAGUUGUUUAUGAUAGUGAUGAGGAAUGAGAACUUCAUAAGAUGAUUAUGGUUUUUGUUUUUGUUUUUUGUUUUUUUAUAUUGUUUAUCCAUUGUCAUAAUGACUUCUUCACUUCCUGUUCAAUGGGAUAUGUGAAAAUAGAAGCUCGUUUAAGUGUGUGUGCAUAGGAGAUUCAAUCCUUCUCGUCACUUUUAUUUUGAUAUGCAACCGAAUCUUCCUAUCACGAGUUAUAAGGAUAUUUAACUGUUUGUUUUCUUUUCAAAUUUCUUGUAAAGCCAAGAAUUACAAUUCAUUAGUUAUUUCUUCUUUGCUAAUUAACUUUGAGUUUCACCAAA